ACCAAAAUUCUAAAGGCCAUGAUGACUGGUUCUGGUUCUCCUUGUGGAGCUUGUAAAUUCUUGAGGAGAAAAUGCAUUAGAGGUUGUGUUUUUGCACCUUACUUUUGCCAUGAACAAGGUGCUACUCAUUUUGCAGCUAUUCAUAAGGUCUUUGGUGCAAGUAAUGUUUCAAAACUUCUUGCACACCUCCCUGUGACUGAUCGCUGUGAAGCUGCUGUCACAAUCUCUUAUGAAGCUCAAGCUAGACUUCAAGAUCCAAUUUAUGGAUGUGUUUCUCAUAUUUUUGCACUUCAACAACAGGUGGUAAAUUUACAAGCACAACUAGCUUAUAUGAGAGAACAAGCAGCUCAAAGGUGUCUCAAUACUUCAUUCUCUGAAAACCCUAAUGAGAAAAACUUUGUAAAACCUAGUACUAUUCUCCCUCAAGAUUUUCAAAGUUGGUUCCAAAUGGAAAAUGAUUCCAACAUGAGUCCUCAAUUUGAUCCCAACUUGUCCUCCUCCACUACUAAUCUCUCAACAACACCACAAUAUUAUAAUGGGAAUGCAACCACUCUCAUGGACCUAAACCCUAUAAUGGGAAACUAUGAAAAUUCAGGAACUUUAGAAGAAAGCAUCUCAUCAUUUUGUAACUUUGAAGAGAGAUGUAAUAACUCAAUGUCCUGUCAUGACAUGCAAAGGCAGUGGGCCUUUCAUGAAAUGAAUAAUUUUCAGUAAGCUUCAUGAAAGAUCAGAGUCUAGCUGUGUGAAGAAUUGGUGAAGAAGACUUUAUCAAUUUUGAAUUGCUUCUACAUUUAUGCAUGUUGUGAAAUCAUGUACUUCUGAUCUGUUGCUAUAAAUAAGCUUAUAGGAAGCUUAGAUGUGUUUAUAUAUAUAAUUGGAGUGAAAAUCAACCUAAUUAGCUAGUCUUUUGUUUAAUCUAUUCUAAUGUAUGGUAUUUAUUAGAAUAAUAAUGUGUGUU